CAGUUUACCGCCUUAAGUUGUAUUGCCUCGGCUAAUUGCUGGGUUUCCCUUAUGACUCCAGUCUUUAAUGCGAACUCUGCGAUGUUGUGACCCAUUUUGCCGGUACAUGCACGCUUUUUCCCGUAUUUUUUUGCACGAUUUUUCUUCCCUCUGGCUCUUUCUCGACCAUACCUCAUCCACCACGAUGCCCCCAAAAGCGAAGAAGCAGAAGGAAAUUCUCCAAGACGAACGUCUCCAGGCCAUUGUCUUGACCGACUCGUUCGAGAGCCGAUUCAUGCCGUUGACGGCGGUCACACCGCGGUGUCUCUUGCCGCUCGCCAACGUGCCAUUGAUCGAGUACACGUUGGAGUUUUUGGCCAAUGCCGGGGUCAACGAGGUCUACCUCAUGUGCUGCAACCAUGCGGACCAGGUUCAGGAAUACAUUGACCGCUCCAAGUGGAGCGAUGUCGGGUCGCCGUUCAAGAUCGCCACCAUCAUGUCGUUGGAGUCGCGAUCCGUGGGUGACGCGAUGAGAGAUGUGGAUAACCGUGGGUUGAUCACCGGGGACUUUAUUUUGGUCACCGGUGAUGUGGUUACAAACAUGAAGUUUGACGGUGCGCUCGAGUUCCACAAGGCAAAGAAGGCGCAAGACAGAAACCACAUUGCCACCAUGGUGUUGACUCAGGCGUCGCCGUUCCACCGUGCGCGCUCCAAAGACGACUCCGCGUGCUUCAUAUUGGACACCACCAAUAACCGCUGCCUUUAUUACCAGGACAUCCCGAACUACUACCUCCAUGACAAGAAGACCAAGCGCAAAAAGCGCGGUAACAAGGCCAUUACCAUCGACCCGGAAUUGUUGGAAGACGUCGACGAGUUUGCCAUCCGCAACGACUUAAUUGACUGCCGGGUGGACAUUUGCACACCACACGUACCGCAAAUCUUCCAGGAUAACUUUGACUAUCAGUACUUGAGAAAGGACUUCCUCAAGGGGGUGUUGUCGUCAGAUUUGUUGAAGAAGACCAUCUACGCCUACAUCACUGAGUCGGACUAUGCCGCGCGUGUGUGCAACUGGCAGACCUACCACGCCAUCUCACAGGACAUUAUGGCCCGCUGGUGCUUCCCCGUAUGCCCGGACUUGUCCGUGGUGGACGAAGAUGACGAGAUGACCUAUGAAUCCAGACACAUUUAUAAGGGCUCCAAUGUGGUACUCGCGCAGGGCUGCAAGAUUGACGGUUGCACCAUGAUCGGCUCUAUUUCCAGUGUAGGUGAUGGCUCGCGCGUGGGGAAGUCCGUCAUCGGCAAGAACGUCACCAUUGGGAAGAACGUCGUUAUUGAGAAUUCGUACGUGUGGGACAAUGCCGUGAUUGGUGAUAACGUGCAGUUAAAGUAUUCCGUGGUGGCCAACGGUGCACAGAUCUUGAGUGGUGCCGUCUUGAAUCGCGACGCCGUUGUUGGCUACAAUGUGACUGUGGGCCGCAACAUGACGUUGAAGCCGAACACCCGUAUCUCGGCGCAGCGCGUUAAGUAUAAUUCUGGCCUUAGCGAUAAUGAAGAUGAAGAAGACGAUUCCCUUCGUGAUGAAGCCUAUGUGGGUGAAGAAGGGGUGGGCUUCGCUUACAAGUCUGACUCGGAAUCCGACUCCGACACAUCUUCCGACGACGAGGACUACUCUGACCACCAGUUCCACAUCAUGGACUUGAAGUUCGACUCCUUGGAGUUGUCUGACGACGAAUCGAUUAUCUCAGCGACUGCGUCCAAGAAGAAGAGCAGGAGACAGUCAUCCACCAUGUAUGAGACCGACUUCGAUGAAGACGAUGAAGAAGAGGAGAACUUCGAAAAGGAAGCUAUUGCCACUGUCGAGAGAGCUAUGGAGAACAACCACGACCUCGAUACCGCCUUACUAGAGUUGAACACCUUACGGAUGAGUAUGAACGUGACGUAUCACGAGGUUCGCCACGCAACCUCCUCCGCCUUGUUAACACGCAUCAACCAUUUUGUCGCAACUCAGACCCUCGCCGUCGUACCGGCUGUCAAGAAGGUGCUCGAUCAGUGGGGCCCGUUGUACAGGAGACAGGUGUUUGAGAAGGACGAGCAGGUUGAUUUGUUGAAUAUCUUCCAGAUCUUGUGUUCGCAGGAGGAUGUCGAGCCGAACGGUGCUAGUUUCUUCUUCAACAUUGUACAGAGAUUGUACGACAUGGAUAUCUGUGAGGAGGAGAACAUUUUGAAGUGGUGGCACCAGAACGAGAAGGCGUAUGAAGGCGAUGUCAAGCUCGUACAACUCUCCGCCGGCGUCAAGAAGUUUGUCGAGUGGUUGGAGAACGCCGAGGAGGAGAGCGAGGAGGAGAGCGACUAGUGCACCAUAACCGUUCAAGAGCUACUUUAGUAAUCUAAAGUAUGACCUCUUGUAUUUAAUCGACGAAAACCAUUGAGUAAGCGUAGCAUAACGAAGCCUAUAUAUGGCCCCAUGAAGACCUUAAUCGGUAUUAGCCGAGGAUCUAAAAUGUAGCUGAAGCACUAGGGCCACACUAGAGAUAUAUGGGG